CCAUUCUAUCUAACUCUAGAAAAGAAAAGGAAAAUGCACAAGUAAACCAAGACAUUUCUUUUGUUGAUUUUUGCUGAUAAUUGGAGAGGGGGAGCUCUUGUGGGAACCCAGAUAUUUUAGUUUAAUGGAAACUUGUGGAUGGAUUAUACAUUAGUUUAAUGGAAACUUAUUAAUUGGUAUAAGUUGAUGUAGUCUUAUUUGGUGACCUAGAAGUUGUGUUUGUGGUAUAUUUGAAGCGGACCAAUCAUUUGUAAUCAGAACAAAGUCAAUGGUGGGACCAAUCAUUUGUAAUCAGAACAAAAAUCAAUGGUGCAUUAUUUAGUCGGGGACUUAAGACGCAUUUUGGACGUAGAUCUGCAGCAAAGAAGACAAGGCUACGAAAUUGAUACUGCAAGAGGAGAAAUAAGGGAAAAAAUUGAACAUGGCAGCAGUUCCUGCAGAUUUCUUGGUUAGCAAGAUAGUUUCUCUGGUUGAAAAUGAAGCAGAGUUGUUAGGAGGUGCUCGUGAUGAUCUUGAGGAGAUCAAGCGUGAGCUAUUGAGCAUGAGAUCAUUUCUAGAGGAUGCAGACAUGAAAAGACCUCAUAUGGAAGGAGAGAAAACAUGGGUGGCUAGUGUUAGAGACUUGGUCUAUGAUGUUGAAGACAUCAUUGAUGAGUUCAUGUACCUUAGGAACAAGCGAUUCGGUAGGCAUGAAUCAGCCAGAAAACUCUACAAGAUGAUUGGAUUCCCUAAAUAUCUAUGGGAAAAGCAUCAAAUUGCCUCCAGGCUGCAAAAGAUCAAAUCUCUGGUUAAGUCCAUACCGGAGAGAAGUCAACGAUAUGGUGUUUAUCACGUUGAAGGCUCAAGCUCGAGCAAUAACGAUAUAGGAACCCGCCAUGGAGAGUCAUCUUUGUUUAUCACAGAUGAUGAACUUGUGGGUAUUGAAGAUGAAAGGGAACUACUAGUUGGGUGGCUAACAAAUGGAGGACAGCAGCGAACAACUAUUUCAGUAGUUGGAAUGGGCGGCUCCGGGAAAACAACUCUAGUCGCAAAGGCUUACAAUUCUCAAGCUGUAAAGCACCAUUUUGAUUGCUAUGCUUGGAUUACUGUCUCGCAAGCUUAUGUUAUUGAGGAUCUGUUUAGAAGCUUGAUUAAGCAAUUUUACCAAGCUGCAAAAGAGGCAGUUCCGAUGGAGUUGAGUAGCAUGAACUAUCAACAGCUGGUGGAGAUGCUUGUGAACUACCUUGAGCCCAAGAGGUAUAUUGUAGUUUUGGAUGAUGUGUGGAAUUCAAACCUUUGGAAUCAAAUCAAAGUUUCACUUCCAAAUGGCCUGCUUGGAAGUAGAGUGGUGCUUACAACUAGAAAUGGAAGUGUAGCCUCUCUUUUCUUCGAAGUUGGAAGCUGUGUCCACCAUAUCCAACCGCUUCCAGAAAAAGAAGCAUGGGCUCUGUUUUGCAUGAAAGCUUUCUCUAGGAAUAGCAACAAUUGUCCCUCAGAGCUUGAAAUCUUAGGCAAGAAAAUUGUGGCAAAAUGUCAAGGCCUACCUCUUGCAAUUGUGUCAUUGGGUGGUCUGUUGUCAGCUAGAAGGUCGGAAUCAGAAUGGAAGAUGGUUUGUAAUAGUAUAAUUUGGGAGCUGCAUAACAAUCAAAUGCUUCAAGCAGUAAAAAGCAUCUUGCUACUGAGCUACAAUGAUUUGCCAUACAGACUGAAGCGUUGCUUUCUGUAUUGUGGUUUAUUCCCUGAAGACUACGAAAUUAAGAGAAAGAGAGUUACGAGGUUAUGGAUGGCAGAAGGGUUUGUUGAGCAAGUGAGAGGGAUAGCGCCAGAAGAGGUUGCAGAGGGAUACCUCUUGGAGCUCAUCCGCCGAAGUAUGCUUCAAUCUGUAGAGAAGAACUCGUCUGGACUUCCCAAGGCGUGCAAGAUGCAUGAUCUGCUAAGAGAAGUUGCUCUUUCAAUAUCAGAAGAAGAGAAAUUUUUCUGUGUAUAUGAUGAACAAAAGGAAGGGGCAAGAGAAGAUGGCAUAGCGCGACGUCUGUCAGUUCAAGCUAUUGAGAAAGAAGCUAAAUCCUUUAGAGGUAAGUCUCAGCUUCGUUCCUUAUUUUUGUUUGUUACUGAUGUGGUGAAUCCAUAUAGUUUAGCAUCUGGGUUUAAGCUUCUGAGAGUGUUGGACUUGGAAGAUUGUCCAGUUGAAAACCUACCUGAUGACAUAGUUUCUUUGUUUAAUUUGAGAUACUUAAACCUGAAAAGAACUCUGCUUAAGGAGCUUCCGAAAUCCAUUGGAAGGUUGCAAAACCUUGAAACCUUAAACAUUGAUGACACCAACAUUGAGGCUCUUCCAAAAGGGAUUGUGAAGUUGCAGAAAUUACGCUAUCUGUUAGCCCGCCGGUUAAAGCCUGAACUGUAUAAUGAUUUCAACUAUGUAUCUGGCGUACAGGUGCCUUCAAACUUAGCUUGUUUUAAGAACUUGCAAGUCCUCGGCUGUGUGGAAUCAAACAAAGAGAUAAUGAUACAAGUGAAAAGUAUGACCCAGCUUGUGAGACUUGAUCUUUGCAACGUUCACGAGUCAUAUGAGACAGACUUGUGCUUUGCAAUCCAAAAUAUGCAACUCCUUGGCCGCUUAUUUGUAAUGGCAAGUAGCAAUCAGGUCCUUCGGAUGGACGCACUGAAAAAAGCUCCACCGAGCCUUAGGAGGCUAACUUUGGUCGGGAAGCUGGAGAAGAUCCCGCAGUGGUUUCACACACUUGAGAACCUGAGAGUCUUGUAUUUGCAUUGGUCGAGUCUGUCCAAAAAUCCGACCGCAGAUCUCUCAACACUUCCUAAUUUGAGAUGCCUAACUCUUGUCAAAGCCUACGAGGGAAAUUUUUUGCAUUUUUUUCACGGCUUUAAAAACCUUGAAAUUCUCGAGCUACUCAAUUUUCCUUAUCUUACUGCUAUAAAGUUUGCUGAGGGAGUCAUGCCGCAUCUCAAAGAACUAAGCAUUGGCAAUUGCGAUAAGUUGAUGAUGAUUCCUCGCGAUAUUGUUCAUCUUACUAACCUUCAACAACUGACAUUGGUGAAUAUUCCAAAUCAAGUAACUCAACGUAUUCGUGCGCCAUAUGGUGUAGAUUGUGCAAGUUUCCGCCACAUUCCCAAGAUAAAUCAUGUCAACUUUACAUCUUCAGGAUGGUCUCAGCAAAGCUUGUCCUAAUUCAUAAUCUCGUCUUUCUUUUGGUUGUGACAGGAAAGAAUGACAUCUUCAACAGUUACUAUAUAUACUGUGUGUUUAUGUUGCCUGUACAUUGCAGAUGGUAAUAUAAAAAUAAAGGUGUCUUCAGUCUUCUUCAUCAGAAUUCCUUCUUGUUAGCAUCUGCUUAUUUGAGCUUGUUGAAGUAGAUACUAAAUAUUUGUUUUAGUUGAAAAUAUGUCCAGUUUGCUCCAA